AUGCUCAAGGGCGCCCGCGCGCUGGCAGCCUUGGGGCCUCUCGGGGUGCACCUCGUCGCCCUUACCCUACCGGAGCUUGCCGGCCGUGGCGUCUUGGAGCUCACGAUGUCCACGAGGCAGAGCUUCGGCCCCGCCACCCCUGCCAAGGCGCGCCGCUCGGGCCCGAGCUUGGGCCGGCCUUCGCGAGAGAGCCUCGGGCUGCUCGAAGGAGCGCAGCCGGCGUCCCCGGCGAGCUCGGAGGCCACGACCGCCGCGCCGCGCAGGAUAUGGGUGGCCUCCGUCGCCACUGCCGUGCGCACAGUCCCCAACGCGAUGAGCUUCAAGAUAGCCACGCUUGCGGAGGGCCAGGAGGUGGUCGAGGUCUGGUCGCGGCAGCACUACCACGGCUGGGUGCAGGUGGAGCCCAGGGGCUUCGUGCAGUACGACCACCUGCGGCCCGCGGAGGCGGCCCCGCUCGUCGUGCCGCACCCGCGGUGCAGCGUCGGCGGCCUCACGGCGCCAGCGGAGGCCACGGAGCUGGAGGAGCUGCGGCGCGCCGCCGAGGCGGAGCGGGAGGACCUCCGGCGCGUCCGCGCGGAGCUGCGGAGCGCCCGCGCGGAGUUGCAGGACUGCCGCGAGCAGCGGGACGAGCUCGGCAGGGCCACCAGCCAGAUGCGGUCCAAGCUCGAGGCCUGCGGCGAGGCGGUGAAGCGCGUGGUGGGCGCGCUGGAUGCCGUCUACGGGGAGCGGGCGGGGGGCGAAGCCGAGGCCGCCGAGGCCGGCCUGGAGGAGACGGUGCUGCACACCCCCCUGCUGGGCGGCAGCGCCGAGGAGGCCGCGCGCGAGGCCGGGCGCGACGCGAUCCGCCUGCUCGCCGAGCUGGGCCGCGGCGAAGACUGCGAGGAGAGCCGCACGGACGGUGCCGACGACGAGAACGCGCUGCGUUUGUCACCGACGCCUUCCGCGUCGCACAAGGUCUUUGACGGCCAGCUGCUCGACACCGCUCCGCUGGGAGAGAGAAUUCCGUUGCGCGCCAUCAAUUGA